GAUUGGUUGCGAAAUGAAGCUGUGAAACAGGAAGCUAGAAAAAAAAUCUUGUCAAUUUAAGAGCACGUAAGCUUCUGUCUCACACCUCUUGUGGUUUCUAAGCUAACGGUGCUGUUACAAAAGUGCGCAUAUCGGGACCCCAUUGACAGAAGAAAAUGGGGUGUUUCUUCUCGAAAGAAUCCAAAAGAAAGUCGCCCGAAAAAGAGGACCGUACGCCGACGACGACGACUGUCGAAACUACGACGACAAGCAACGCGGUUCCCCUUGGCAACAACACCGACGAGGCACCUAAGCAGUACAGCUGGGACAAGAGGGAAAAGGUGACACGGAAAACCAUUAAUUUAGAGAAAAAUAUUAGUAGACAAAUUCUCUUAGCAAAUGUAGCUCCUAUAAUUUUAACCCCAUUGAGAAAUAUGUUUAAGUUGUAUUGAAAGUCGGUCACAAUAUACUGGUCAGCUACUGCACCACCUAAGAGACGAGGACAGCCACUGUUGCACCUUUACUCUAUAGAUUUUUUUUACGGCGAGCAGCUACGUUACUAAAUAUGAGUGUCUACAAGUUUCAGUGGCCUCAUGUAACCCAUCAGAAGCAACGUAACCUGAUGUUGACAUAACUGAUUUCCUGCAGCUGCAAAAGUCAAACACUAAUACCGUCACCAGAUUUGUUGCAUUGCAGCAGAUUAUCACACAAGUGUUAUCUAAGUAUCCUGGGCGAUGCAUGCAACGCUUAUAAUAAGUUUAUAACACUCUUGAGUUUUAGUCUCAAAGCCUCGGACUCGCUUUGUCUCCUCUACAUGCAUCCUGGGUUAUCUCAUUAUCGGAUUACUGCACAACUCUGACUGUGGUUCACUAUCACACCGUUGACCAAACUUACCAUGGCCUGUGGUGAGACUUUAAAGGCGUUAACAAAGCGGUAGUUCAACUUCCUUUUUGACUCACAGCAUGUCGCACCUUACUUUUGUACACUGAGAAGUACACUUUUAAAUGUCAAGCUGGGGAAUCUGAAACAGUCUGGUUUCUAAUUAAGUAAAUAAGUCAUGAAAGAAAAAGGAGCAGCAUUGCUAUUUUAGGAUUGAGGUUUAAAUAUAGCCCUGUCUAUUGUGGUGCUAUAAAAGUAAUGUGGUGUAAAGUCAGUCAGGGACACACCUGACUUAUUUUAGUUAUCACCAGAGUUCGAUAUUUCUAUUGGAACUUGAUUGCCUGUGUUUUUUAUCUGUAUGUUUAAACGACAUGUUUACUGAUUAUAUGCUGCUGUCUGGGGUUUCCCAGUAGGGCUGGGCAAAUAAUCACUUUCAAUUUCAUCUGCCUCCCCAGGAUCAUGAAAAUAUGAUAGCCAGGACUCUAAGAUACUGCCUGAUGUAUGAUGUCUGUUUUAGCUUUGUUUUGAAUAAAGGGCACCCUCCUUUUCUUCAUUGUGUACUCUACCCCUUCCCUCCAACAGCUCUCUCUUUAACUUUAUCAUUAAGACCUCAGAUCAAUGUGCAACUAAGUUAAUUAAAACACCUUAACGUCCUAUUCACACUCAACAGGAUUUUUAAUACCAAGUUUCGAAGAAUUUUUAAGUUGCGUAGAUGUAUGUGAUGCUGAUGUCAAAUAAUGGGUAGUGAUUUUUAAUAUGUAGGACAAAAUUGAUCAGCCCUGUUUGACACUAUGCUGUGUUGGGAGAACUGACAGAUGCUAUCAUUCAGAUUCAGUGACCCCUGUAGUGCCACAAACUCACAAAAAUAAAAUCAAAUUGCAUCUUAUCUGAACAAAUGAAAUAAUAGUAAGUACUUUUGUUUGGCAAGAAAGAAGAAAUUAAAUCAUUAUGCACAGACCAACAUAUUUGUAUGUUUUAAUAAACAAAAAUACCCAUCACCGAGGUCUAAGUUCAGCCUUGGCAGGAGGUGUGCCAGAGCUUCUUGACAAACUUAGUUUGGUGUUAACUUAAUGAGAUUUUUUUGCACAUUCUGAUUUUAUGACUCUUAAUCGUUUUUAAAUAACAUUUUCUAGCUUUUAGAUAAUAUUGCCUUAUCCAGUCAGCUGUAUAUCUUUAUUAUUCAUUAUUCUCUUGACUUCUCUUUAUUUUACCUUGCCCCUGCACAGCACUUUUUGUGCUUCAUUAGAAGGUUAUUUAUUGCUUCCCUCUGACUGCUUCUGGUUUAAUGUAGCAGGAGUGUUUUUUUUAGUCAUCUGAACCAUGAAACUUUGUAUCUCAUAUAUUUCCUCCUCUGAAUCUGGCAGCAAAUCAAAUUUCCUUUGGGAUAAUCAUAAUAAACUUCAGCUUGAACUUAGAUUUCAGUGCGAGUGUAAAAUCAUGAGUAAUGUCACAUCCCAACAGUAAAGUGUGGGCCUGAAAAUUGCAAUACUGAUUCAACUUAUUUAUAGCGAGUGAACAGUGAAGAUGAUACCUCAUGGAAAAUUCUAGACAAAAAGGAAGAACUGCUCUUAUGUGCUUCAAAUCAAACACAGUACAUCAAAUAAAAGCAGACACAUGAUUUAAAUUUAAUGAACUUGUGUUCAUUGUGUACAAAGGUAAACAGACCUUGUAUAAGCAUGUUGGCUGGUGUGUUUCCCUUGUACAGAAAUCGGCAGACUUUUUUGUCCACUAAAAUCAAACCACUCUGAAUAUUUGCUAUGGAAAAUAUAUAAUAUAUAUAUAUAUAUAGACACAAUGAUUCUUCGGGAUACUGUAAAUCAGCUCAUCUAACACCAACCUGUCAAGGCGCAGAAGGAUAUAGUAAAGGCGAGUAGUGGUAACAAUGUGCAAGAACUGCAAGGGGAGUAGAAUAUAUGUAUAGAUAUUAAAUAGGUAGAUAUGUACAGCAGGAGUUUAAGGUAUAUGAUAACAGCAGUGUGAUGCAUAUGUAAUCACUAAUCUUGUGUCUUUUCUGUCUUCACAGGUUGAUCCUAAAGACUACAUGCUCACAGGUCUCAAAGACGUUACGGUGGGCCGUCUGCCUGGCAAACUGAACGGUCAACAGUUUGUCAUCCAAGAGUGCGAGAACUGCAACAUCUACGUGUUGGACCACUCAGCAACCAUCACCAUUGACGACUGUGUCAACUGCCGCAUUGUUCUGGGACCUGUCAAAGGCAGCGUGUUUUUCAGGGACUGUAAGGACAUUAAGUGUGUGGUGGCCUGUCAGCAGUUCCGCACACGGGACUGUAAAAAGAUGGAGGUGUUCUUGUGCUGUGCCACUCAGCCCAUCAUCGAGUCAUCUACAGGGAUGAAGUUCGGCUGCUUUCAGUACUUCUACCCCGAGCUGGCCUACCACUUCAAGGAUGCAGGGCUCAGCAUAUUCAACAACAACUGGAGCAACAUCCACGACUUCACACCUGUGUCAGGAGAGAACAACUGGAGCUUGCUGCCAGAAGCUUCAGCAGUUCUGGAUUUUGUUCCACUGCCUGAUUCAGAGUCUGAAUUCAAGUCUGUAAGAAUCUCCGCUGAGCCCACACGCAGCAUCGUGCCUCUGACGAAGGGAGGGAGGCGUAAGGACAGUGAAGAGUCCUGCCUCUUUGUCUUCUUCUCUGGAGAGUACAGCACGGCAAACGCACGCAAACUGAUCGAUGAGGUGAGAGGAAUAAAAAGGCAGUCAACUGUCUCCCAAAAAUACUGAAUGAGGCAGUCAUCCCCAUGUGGAUGGAAAAAUAGUGAACUAAUGCUGCAUCAGGUUUAACUCAGUCUUCACUGAUGAAGUUUGGUUGCAGUCAACUUGAUCUGAAGAGCAAUCUGAAUAAUCUGAAGUCAAAUAAAGACAGUGUUAAAAAAAUCAACAAAUGAUCCUGAAGUAUGUAAAAUAUUAAGGAAAUAUUGCGUAAAAUAAACCAGACAGCCAGUCAGUACUUAGACUUACUUUAUUUUAUCAUCAACUGAGGCAGUGAGUAAAUAAUGUGUCAAACAGGUUGAGAAUAUCUUUGAUAGAUUUGCAGUUUGAAGUCCAGCCUCUCCCCAGCUGUGAUUGUUGCACUUAGAUGCAUUCAUUCAUUUUUUGCUUUGCCACUCAUACUGUUUAUCAGCAUUUCUUUAUUAUUUUAGACACUGACCUGCUCAUUUUGUCUGAAGUUGUUUAAAUUUUAGAUCCUUUUUUUCAGCAUACUCUUCUCAUGGUAUUAUGAACAGCAUGAUAUUUUAAGCUCGCUUUUGUUGAGCUGGAUCUAAACUUUCAGCUUGAGUUGAAGUGCUAACAGCCUGUUGCGUUACUGCUUUGACAUUCCAGUGAUGUUAGUUUCGUUACCAAAAAUGUGUGACUCCAUCACCAAAGCAUGCGGCUCGAUGCACAUUCACACAGUCAAGAUGUUGCAACAUCUUGACUGUGUAAAAGUAUGAAUCUUCAUAGGUAAUUGCAGUGCUUGUAUUUUUCUUCUCAAAUGCAUUCCUCUCGUUUCUUUAGAUGACCCCCAAAGGUUUUGUGCUGAUUCAGACGAAGGAAGUCUCAAUGCGACCUGAAGAUGUGAAAAGAGUGUUUCAGAAUAACGCAGAGGACCUUGUUGAGUGGAUCACCAAAGGUAAGUUUAUGUUAGCUUGUUUUUUUAUUUUUUGUUAGCCUUAAAAUAUAUCGCGAAUGGUUGGUUAACAAAAUUAUAAUCACUUAAAGGGAUAUUCCGGCGUAUAUUUAAGUUAUGGUCAAACACACUGUAACUCCGAGUUAGACACCCCCUCGAGAGAUGAAGGUUGCUGACUGCUUGCUUCUCCAGUUAUACUAACUCAAGUAACGACCGCACGAUAGCAAUACACAGCGGUCUACGUCUCCAUGUGCAAACCUCAAGCCCUAGCCACAAAUAAUGCUCAGAACAGCAUCUAACUUCAUCAACAGUACAUAUAGGGUCCCAGCAUUAGUACUAGCCAUCAAACAUCUUUUUAGCUUCGCCUGAUUUCUUUAGCAAAGAGACUAAACACAACUCACCCCCUCUCCUUCAGCAGCCGCUUGUUUGUGGGGGAGCCCCAAUGAGUUGAUCAACAAGUGCAGCAGAUCAUUUCCAUGAAGUAAUUAUCACCAUAUUAAUCAUUUUAAUCAUUUUGCACUGCAGACUCUGUAGUUCUUCUGCCUUAGCAGCUCAGUCUGAUUGCAUUUCCAUGAAGAAAUGAUCAUUAAUGUUCUUCCAAUUUCAAUUUCAAUAAGCUUUACUGGCAUGACUGUUAUUAAAAUAUUGCCCAAGCAUUGCAAUACUAAUACAACAACUUCAACUUCAACUUUAUUUCAUUUAUAUGGCACUUUUCCUACAAAGUUGUAACACAAAGUGCCUUACAAAGCAUAAAAAGAAAAUGAAACAUCAAAAUCCCCAAGAAAACCCCAGACCUCCCACCCGCACAAUUAUACCCAUACACACACCCGUGAACAUAGACAUACAUUUCCACACACACAACUUCACAUACACACGCACCUACACAGUUAGCGGCUGAACACAACACAACACAACAAUAACAUCAACUUUGUCCUUGAGCUGCAAAACUCUGCUGCACUUGUUGAUCAACUCGUCGGGGCUGCCCCACAAACAAGCAGCUGCUGGAAGAGAGUAGGUGAGUUGUGUUAAGUCACUUUGCUAAAGAAAUCAGGCAAAGCUAAAAAGAUGUUUGAUGGCUAGUACUAUGGCCAGGACCCCAUAUGUACUGUUGAUGAAGUUAGGUGCUGUUCUGAGCAUUAUUUGUGGCUAUAGAGUGGCUUUUUGGUUGAGUUUUGUUUAUGGCUCCUCAGACCGUGAGUACGGUGAGUUUGACCAUAACUUAAAUUUACACUGGAAUAUCCCUUCUAAUGGUAAGACAAGAUCUCGCUGUCACAUGUUGAAUGAAUUCUAGCCUGUGUAACCACUCAACCACAAUACAUUAUCCUGUUUAUUACCCUGCCAACGACCACAGACAUUGACAAGUUGAUAUGAAAUAUUUAUGUACAACUCCACUGAAGAACUUUCUGCCUCUGUUGACAUUGAAACUUCUCUUUCACUGUGAUCAUUUGCAACAGGAGAAGUAACUUGGGCUGUUUCUCCAGCCCACCAACCCACUCACAGCUGUUAUAGGCGUUAAAGACUCUGAUAUAGAAGUUUUUGUUAUCAAUGGUGUUGUUUGCUUUUGUACAUCACAGAGACACAUCACUGUUCAUGUUAGUAAAAAAUUUAUCAUUCAAGAAGCUUUAAAGAUAUUUUCAUGGAAUUAGAUGUGGUUUAGUUAUAUAGCAAAAAAAAAACCUCUCAAGUCCACAGCUGUGUGCGCUUUAGAAGCAGCUUCUUAGUGUGAUAAAUUAUCAUUUAACUUAAAAUUCAUGAAAUAGACAAGAUAAUCAGUGACAAGAUUGGUGCUUUUUAUGGUGUGAUUUUCAUGCAUGAAACUGGUGCAAGGGAGUAGGUAGGGGUUAGCCCAGCAGCUCUAAAGACAGCACUGUUCUUAAGAUUUCCACACAUGAUACUCACAAUGAGCAAUAUACUUGACUGUCAAAAGUCAGCAGGAUGAGAUUUUUUGUCAGAAGACCCUACAUAAGCAUUCAAGGGACAAGAUGAGACUGUUUUGUCUACAAGGGGCACCAAAAUGAACACAAACCUAAAGUUCCUUACAGGAGCUUUAGGAAAGCUGAUUGAUUACUUCAGUUAUUAUUUGACAGAGUAGUUUCAUAAGCCUGCAGCUGCCUAUAUUAUGUUCCUUAUCAAUAACAGGAUUUUUAUGCUUUGUUGAACAUACUGUAGCAUGACAGUGUGAUAUAUCAGCAAUGUAAGUCUUAGUGUAUGACCAGCAAAGAUACCAAGUUUUCAAGUAUUUAAGAUAAUGGCAAUUCAAUUUUUUAAUAACUAAUUGUGCAUUGUUUCACAUGGAGUGUCAGUCCUCGAGGCCUUCUUUCUGACAUUUUUUAAAAAGCUAAAUAUAUUUUGGUCAACAUGCUCACAUGAUGUUAUUUGACAUUUAGUUUUCCAGCCCUGGUCUGCAGUAAACUGCAGAAAUCAGUUGAAUCAGCCCCCAGAGUUUGUGCAACGACAAGGUUUCAGAAUCUGCAGUUCAGUGGAGAACAGUCAUUGCCAAACUGUGUGUUUGGGAAACAGGAUUCUCGACUGGGGAAGGGACAAACUAAUUAUGAGAAGUGGAAGUUGCCAUCAUGAUGCAACACAUUAGUUUGUUGACUCCAGUUUUUAAGCCCUAAGUUUGGCCAAAUCCAGAUUUAUGGACUUAACCGCACUGCAGACUUGUGGUUGGCACUGUCUUGAAAGUCUGCAAGUGCUGAGGGCUUUCCAAAUCCACAAGAGGACUGAAACAGGCAAACGAUCAUUUGAUUACCUAAAACUUAGUGCACUCUAAAUGAAGUAGUUUCAAGAUUCAAGAUUUGGUUUAUUGUCAUUCCCACAACUUUAGCAGUCAUGGUGGUGAAAAACAGUUCUCCUAAGAUCACUCACUCUUAAAAACAGAGCCAGGGGUUUGAAACAGUGAGACAAAAUGACAGUGAAAACUAGAACCACUAAAAUCCAAAAGCAUAUGAUAGAACAAAGCCAAAAAGUCAAAGCCAAUGAACUGUUCAGUCAAUGACAGUAUCAAUGAGCACAGUGAGCGCUUGAUGGCUUGCAGACAUACUGUGGAAAGUGAAGUGCAUUUGUGCAAAGUGUCAACAAGAGUGAGUAUUCCUUUAAAUGGAAUACUGAGGAAAAAAGUGAUAUUCAACAACUCUAUCAUACAGAAUAACUUAGCAGUGUGGAAACAAGGAAUGAGUCAUUAUAUACCAUAUGAUGUAAUCUUGAGAUCCUGUCUGUCAGAGGCAAAUACAACCUGUGGUGUUGUCUCCCAGCGGGCUUAUACAGCUGAAUUUUGUGAGAACUCUGGAGUCCAGACAGUUGUCAUUGUCCUGUUACCGUCUCAGUUUUGUAUCUUUGAGUGAACAUAUUUGUGACACCUGUUUCGCCAUGUUCAAAACUUGUAAAUCCCAGGUGGUCAUGCACUAAUCACAGCCCACUUUUAAUAUCUAUUUUACUCUAAAUCUGACCAAAAUGUGCAAAAUCAACACCACUCUGUAGUGAGACUGAAAACCAGAGACUAAGACCAUUCGCUUCUGAACUUAAAUGUGAGUGAAGUAAUACAUUGAGUAAAAUGAAGGAUUAUUUUUUCCAUUGACCUGUUUAUGAUCAGACUCCUCUUUGUGAAGUAGCGUGACCCCUGCUGUUUUUUUUUUUUUUGCAAUGACGCAGCUUUCGGGCCUUUCUUUGGCUUCACUUUUCAAACCUGGAGGUUAAAUCCACUUCUUAUGUCUUUUCUACGAGAGCACAUCUUGUAUUUAGCUGCUCUGUGAGUUUAUCUGUGGUAGUAUAAAGAUUUAAACAGUCAUGUUUUUUCCACUUCUGAAGGUCCAGUCAUCGCCCUCGAGCUCAACGGUGAUGGAGUUGUGGAAGCCUGCAAGAACACUGCUAAUGAAGUGUUCAGCGGUACUAAGGUAAUUUGACAGACGUGAUCUUUCUAGUUUUUACAGAUCUGUUUUCUUUUUGUAGAAGUUACUCAAACCUAGAAUAUUUUAUGUCUUCUUUUUUCAGGUUUUUGUCUCUGAUAACAAAAAUACAUCCUCUCGAGACGUGGACAACUUCUUCAACUUUGCGGACAUGCAGAUGGGUUUGUGAUCUGAUUCUCUUUCUACCCCAUGCUGUCCAGCUGAGGUUGUACAUGACAAGGAUUUAAAUAUUUGCCUGUCCAACUCAUUAAAACGUAAAUCUGCAGACUAGAUUCACUCUUUAGUCAUCAAGAAACGUUGACUUUAAACCACUGAACAAAAGUAAGAUGCUACGACUGCUGUGAAUAUUUAUAUUUUUAUGAAUGUAUUCAGUUUUAAUUCAUUUGCUUCUAUUGAUUGUGACUGUAGAUCUUUGUUGUAAAUGUGUUUUUAUUUAAAUUUUGUUUCUCUUUGCUAAAUGAAAUACUUGUUUUAGUUGAAAAAAAAAAGAGCACAAGGAUGCCUGAGGGAAAUAUUUUAUACAAACUAUAUUCAUAUUUUAUCCUCUGCAGGAUAUAUCUGUGUAUGUGGAUUAGAAAAGUUUGUGUAUAUUUGAAACAUGCUGUAUAGAUUAUAGCUACUUCAUUAUUGACAUUUGUUAGGCCAAAGUUGAUUGUGAAAGUUUCUCAGCUGUCUUUCAGAUGACCCGGAGUAUUUGCUGUCUUUAUGAUGUAGGCAAUAUACGUGACUUUUUUAUUUUGUAACAUUUGUUUUAUACUCAACUGAAUGCUUUUGUAUAGACAUAAAAUUCAUGUUCCUAAAUAUCAUUUUAUCAGAAGUAAUUUUGGCUCUUCAAGCAAUCAGUGACAUACACUGAUUUUCCCACAAUUUUCGCCUAAAUUACUUUUUGACUUUUAGCCCUGUGACAUCCAGGAACACCAGGGACACCAAGGACAAACCCUGGAAUACUCACAAGACUCCAAGGUUUUAGGUUCAAUGUAUAAUAUGCCCAUACUGGCAUGUUGCUGUGAAAAUGCAGUCUUCAUUUAAUAAAAACAUGACCAAUUUUGUCUCAAAGGUUACCAGAAUUAACCACAUGAACGUUCCUUACAGUGCCUUUAAGAAGCAAAAGAGGAAAUAUCUCCUAUUUUGAUAUUGAGUUUUUGUUUAUGGUUUAUUACAGUUUCAACUUGAACACUUGAGUCUUAAGAUUAUUUUUGAUCUCUGUGCCUUUACUUUGAUAGGAGAGCAAAAGAGAGACAGGAAUUAUGGGAGAAGAGAGGGUGAAUAACAUGCACCAAAUUAGGCCAGGACUGGGAAACUCUUCUAUGACCAGUGCAAUGAGGACGUAGUUCUUUGUACACAGGGCAUCUGCCCUACCUGCUGAGCUUAACUAAUGUCCAAACUGUGUGUGUUAUUCUCUUGAUCAAUCCUUUGUGAGGUCUAAGUAUCCGGAUUAUUUAAAGGUCAAAAAUGGUAUGCUGUUUGUUUACAUUUUGCAGAUGUUCAGUAGACAGCUAUUGAUGCCAAAGGGCACCUAACCCAGUUACACAUUGAUUACAAUCAACCUUCCUUGUGAUAUCAAGUCUUUGUCAACACAGGUCAUGUGCUGGAUAAAACAGGACCAUAAAUCACCUUCAUAUUUUGUUUACUGAAAUUGAAAUAACCUAAGUGUAUGAAUUUUGCAUAUGUGUAUUUAAGUAACGUAGUGGUAUUCUGUUUUUAUUUUUCAUAUAAGUAGGGUAAGUUUUUGUAUCAGAUCAGUGGGACUUUACAUGUUAAUACUUAAACAAUCUCAGUCUUUACAGCACUUCAGUUUCAUGCUCUCUGUUAGCACUAUGAUGUAGAAAAAUGUGCUCACUGUGGGGUAAUUAAAGAUUUUUCUUAUCUUACCUUCUCUUAGUAAGGUAAGAUAAGAAUUAAGAUAAGAAUUUGUAUUACAGGCAGUGAUCCUCCACCAAGAUCAUGUUUAGUAGCCCACUUUGUAAAAAUAUUAAAACUGAAAGAGAGGAAAGAGGAAUUCAUCAUAUAUAAACAAAGUAAAUAAA